AUGUCAAUUUUUAUAGAUCCUAGUUCAAAAGAAUAUCUUCUUAUAAUGCAAUAUGCAAAUUGUGGUGAUCUUCAAAAUUAUCUUGAAAACAAUUUUAAAACACUAACUUGGAAUGAUAAGAAAAAAUUAGCUUUGCAAAUCGCUAAUGGAUUAAAUUAUUUACACAAUGAAAAUAUUCUGCAUAGAGAUCUUAACAUAGUAAUUCAUGAUGGUUAUGCUAAAAUUACGGAUUUUGGUAUUUCAAAAAAUAUGAAUACACAAAAUUCUAGUAUUCAUAUCGGAACUUUUGGUAGGAUUCCAUACGUAGAUCCUGAAAAACUAAAAAAUUUAGAUUUUCAAUAUGUGAAAGCUUCAGAUAUUUACAGUUAUGGAGUGAUAAUGUGGGAAAUUUCUAGUGGGUUUCCCCCAUUUAAAUGUUUAACUAGUCAACCUGAUCAAGCUUUACUUCAUAUUAAAAUUUGUGAAGGACAUCCUAUCAAAGAAAAAACAGAUCUUAAAAUAGAUAACUCAAUUUAUGAAGAUCAAAAUAUCUCAAAUGAAACGGAAAUCGAUAACUCAAAUGAAGUAAUAUGGGAACCUGCCACUUCACAUGGAUUGGCUUCAGCGAUCAUUCAUGCUUACACCUUCUCGAUCCUCUCACCAGAUGACGUGUGGUUAACUAUACCACAAGGUCAGGAAGAAGUCUUUAUAGAUUCUCAAGACAUUAUAGUAUAUAUCAACGGUAAUUUCUUAGGUAAUUGGCUGAAAACGAUAUCUCGACUUUCUGAUUCUACCGAACAACGAUUUAAAAAAGUUGGUUUAAAACAAUUACUCGAAUGUGAUUUCUCUACUUCAACAAGUGCAUCCAUCACCGCUAGUCAAGUUAUAUUAUUGGAUUCGAUAAAAAAAUAUUGUAUGCGUGGUGGUUGUGGUAUUCCAAAGGUUACACUUGAUGGCACCUUGGAAAAUUAG